ACUCCUUUGGCCAGUCACGGGGCCAAAACCAGUGUUUGGAGCCACAGUGUGGCGGUGGAGGCAGCAGCAAUGGGAGGCCAUACAGCAACCUAUGACAAAAUGGAAACCAGCAGGAGCGUGAGGAGACCUGAAAGUGGCACAUGGCAGAGUGGGAGCAAUGGGAGGCGGUACAGGGACCCAGGUCACACUGUGGGCCCAGCAGCAGCGUGACCAGGCGGUACGGGGGCCCAUGGCCGAUAUGGGGCUUGGUGGCACCUAUGGAAGGCCUGUAAUCUGCCAGCAACCUAUGACAAAAUGGACAACCGCAGGAGUGUGAGGAGAUUUCAAAGUGGCACAUGGCAGAGUGGAAGCAAUGGGAGGCCGUACAGGGACCCAGGUCACACUGUGGGACCAGCAU